AUGUCAGACGGAGAGGGCUUGGAGCGAAUUUGGUCAUAUUUGUCCCCCCUUAUUGGUCCACUUAGGUACUCAACCAAAAAUCAUCGCCUGGUUGCAUUGGAUUUGAGGUCUUGCCAUCACAAUGAAGUAGGUAAAACUCAUGCUUUAAAGCUAUUGCUAGAUCGAGGCAAAGACAUUGAGAAACAGAUGGAAGAAGCAAUUUUAACCCUGAACCAAAUAUUCCAUAACUGGGGGCACACAACUGAAUACUUGCAAGCACAAUGGAUCAGACAGAGAGAAUGUCAGCUUGCUUUGAUGGAAAACGAGCCAGCAAAGGAGUUGGAGAAACAGAUUGAGGAGCUGGUUGAGAUGGAGGACCAACUCCGUGAGGCACAGUAA